GUAUUUUUAUAGACGUUGAUUUCCGGUCACAGAAUGGAAGUUCCAGAACCCGCCAAAAUUGAAGGAGAUUUAUCAAAGAGUUCUGAGUAUGCGAAGGGAGAUACUGGAGUCAAUUCGAUUGCGAAAAAAUCUAAAGCAGAAGGAAAACAGGAAGAUAAAGCGGCUUCAAAUACAAGCGAAACUAAACAAGAGGACAAUGUACCAAAAGAUGAUAAAAAAGUAACUGGAGUGGAAAUUGAAGAAGUUAAAAGUCCAACAACGAAAAAUGAGUCUGAAAAAACUGAUAAGCCGUUAAAAGACGAAGCUGAGAAGCCUAAGUCCCCUCGUAAACGUAAAUCGACUCGGGAGGUUAAAAGUAAUGAAAGUGACAAUGACAUUGGACCAGGACUCUUGGAGAGACCUGUUGUUAUAGAAGGGAAACGAGAACGCAAGCAAGUAGAAAGAAUAUCCUAUCAACAAUCACCUCAAAAGGAGCAUAAAAUAGAAAUUCAUGUAGGAAAAGGCACAAAAUUACGCGAAAUUCCAAGAAUAGAGCUUGAGUUUUCAAAGCAUAAGGCCGAAGAAUUAAGAACUCUCCAUAACUUUCUGUUUAAUAGACUUGUAAAUUCAAAACUAAUCAAAAGAAAUAUUUUACAAUUUUCUGGAUUUGGUUUCAAGAAAGAGGAUCCAGAAUUUAAGAGAAAGCGUGAUAGAUUAAACAAAUUGACAAUGGCCCAAAUGAAGGUGUUCUGUAAAGUACUUGAUAUCGAAUAUGCUAAAACAAAAGAAGAUUUCGUCAAUAAAAUAAUAGAUUUUCUUAUGUGUCCUAAAGCCUCUGGAAAAGCUAUCCCCAAAUCAGCAAAAAAAGGAAGCAGAUCAUCGACUACUAAAAAAAAAGCGGAUGCUGGGUCAUCUGAGCCCUCUCCUAAAAAAAGUAAGAAGGAUACACCAAAAAAAGAAAAAGCAACAAAGAAGUCCAGCAACGAGACAAAAAAUAAAGGAAACGCAUCAUCUAAGAAUAGUAACGCAAAGAAAGCAAAGAAGGCAAAGAGCAAAGCAACUCCUGCUAAGAAAUCUAAAGGACAACCCCCUACCGAUCAUCAAUUGACAGAAGAUAUUAAGAAGAUUUUAGAGACAGCCGAUUUAGAGAAAAUCACAAUGAAGAAAGUUUGUGAAACAAUUUAUGAUAAAUAUCCAGACUACGACCUUACAUCUCGAAAAUACUUUAUCAAAUUGUCUGUAAGAGAAAAUUUGAAAUGA